AUGUUCUUCGAUCUUAACGUUUGUGGCGAUGGCGGCAAUGAGCAGCCGAGGCGGGAGGCGCUGGCCAUGGCAUUGCAGCUGGGAUACACCGGCGUCGCCAUUCCUCACAUUGUCAAGGCCGUGAUGCACGAGUCGGAUCGCUGCAAGCUGCGGCCAAUCAAGCCCGAUGUGCUCCUCGCCGCAUUGCCUGGGGUUUGUGAGUCUACGAAGUUCCAUCGCCGCCUCCUGGGAGUCUCCAACAAGAUCCCAUUCCGGCAGUACUCGAGAAUCAGCGUCGUGGUGGUGGAUCAAGUGCAAGCGGCGGCUCUCAAUCCUUCCAAUCCCGUGCUUCAGUCGUAUGAUGUGGUUGCUGUCCAGCCGAUGAGCCAGCAAUCGUUUGCUCAAGCUUGCACGACCAUGGAGAAGUUGUCUUUCAGGAUCAAAUCUUCUGCCUUGACAGAUGCGGCUAUAGAGACGCUCGUGACUAUGACACGCGGUCGUAACAUCAUCUUAAGCAGUGGUGCCCGAAACGCUUGCGAGAUCCGGGGACCCAACGACGCGGCAAACCUGGCAACGCUGUUCGGGCUUACGAUGGAGCAGGCAAGAGCUGCCAUCUCCAAAAACUGCAAGUAA